UUAACCGCGAGGGAUCGCUGUAUUGGCUAAAGUCAUAAUGUUUUUGUUGUGUUUGUUCGUUUAGUCAUUGUGUUUAUUUCUGUUGUGUCGAUCGCUUCAUCGAUUAAUGAAAUGACAACAGGUGCAUUUUACAGUGCUAGAUUUUUGACAGCAGUCAUCCUACUUUUGCUCAGCUAACACUGACAACAAAUACCUUCUGUAAGUACCAUGUGAUCUAUAACGAGACCAGCUGUGAUUGGAUAAAACCCAUGACAUCAUUAAAAAAGCAGUCCUUGGAAAAUAUUGUUUUUCAGUAAAGCAAGCUCUGUUGCUAUGGAAACAUGCUGAUGCGGAAGCUAUCUUAAUGAAAACAUUAUCAAAGCACAAUAAAAUGCUUACACUUACUGUAUAAUAAAUCUUGAGAGGAACUUUUUUGGUGCACUUCCCCUUCAGCCAGCAGCUCUGCAGUGCAUUCCAGUGUAAAUAGGAUUAAAAUAUAUCAGCCUCCAAUAAAUAAAUCCGCUUAUGGUUGGCAUCUUACCUCCAUUAACUCGUGCUCUAUACUCCCAACUUUUUUUUGAUAUACCAAAAUCUGUGAAUGCUGGGUAAAGGUUGACCGAUAUAUCGGUCAGCCGAUUUGUGGACUUUUUCAAGAUCGGGCAAUAUAGUAGGACCUAUGUUUGCUUUUGGGUUCCGAUCUUUCUUAUACAGGUCGGCCAAUAUGUUGGCAAAUUAAUUUUGUUUUGAAAAAUCCCUAUCGGCAUCAGUCUUUGAAAAUCUCAUAUCGGUCGAUCUCUAGAGGCGAUGUGGUGGUAACCGAAUAAAGGAACUUUGGUUCAUAGACUUCAUAAUGUAUUGAUGGAACACGGGGCGUGGGGCUGAUAAAAAAGGGGCUUGCAUUGUUGGCGAGGCAGUCAAAGCUGACCGAGUGGAAUCACAAAGAGCUUUUUCCGUUGAAAAUUCUUAUCACGACGCUGAUCAACCACAAAGAGCGGCCCAAGAAGUCCGAGCGCACUCUGGCGGCCAUCCAGCGCGUCGGCCAGGCGGUCAGCGUGGCGGUGGGCCGCUUCGUCGCCGUCGGAGAGGCCAUCGCCGUCGAGAACCACGAGCUUAAGGAGGAGAUGGGACACGCCUGCUUUGAGGCGCGGCGUGCGGGGGACGCCAUAGCCCAGCUGACCGACGUGGGCGCGGCCUGCUCGCCUCCUUCACAUUCGGUGACGGUGUUCAGCGACCGCACCGGCAUGGUGAAGGCCGCCCGCCUCUUGCUGUCAUCUGUCACCAAAGUUCUGGUGUUGGCCGACCGCAUCGUCAUCAAGCAGAUCGUGGCGUCGCGCAACAAGGUCCUUGUGACUCUGGAGCAUCUGGAGCGCGUGAGCACCUUCCAGGAAUUUGUGCAGAUCUUCAGCCAGUUUGGCAACGAGAUGGUGGACUUCGCCCACCUCACGGGAGACAGGCAGAACGAUUUGAAAGACGAAAAGAAAAAAGCUCGCAUGGCAGCAGCACGGGCCGUGUUGGAAAAAUGCACUAUGAUGCUACUGACGGCCUCAAAGACUUGCCUCCGGCAUCCGGACUGCGAGUCCGCCCGCAUCAACAAGGACGCCGUCUUCCAGCGGAUGCGCUGCGCCUUGGAGCAGGUCGUGGACAUCGUCACGGAGGCUCGCGGCUGCGCGGACAGCGUCCUCCCCGCCAGCAUCUACAACGCCGUCAAAGACUACAAGAUGAGCGUGGAGUGCCUUCGCGAUAACCUGUACGCCUCGCCGCCGGACAGCGUGGGCCGCCAGAUGGAGGCGCUGGUGGAACGCACCGAGGAUUUCACCGACUCGGCGUACACGGGACACGAGCAGCGCCAGGCCAUCCUGGGCCUGUGCCAGCUGGCCCGCCAGGACGCACACCAGCUGCUGCGCGCCUGGACCCAGGCUCAGCAGUCGGUCCAGGCCAAGGAGACCACCGAGGAGUUGGAGGUAGCCAUCGCCAAGUCGUGCCAGAGCGUCAAUGACCUCAGACGUGAACUUCACAAGGUGGCGGCGGGCCGUGCCUCCGAGCUGCUGAAGGUCCACACGGAGCAGUCGCCGCUGCGCGCGCUCAAGGCCGCCGGCACCGAGGGCAACCUGGAGGCGGUGGCGCAGCAUUCCCGAACGCUGACCGAGCAGAAAGAGCAACUGGUGGAGAACUGUCGGCUGCUGUGUCACGUAUCCGGGACCGAACCGCUGGAGAUCACCUGCGUCCACGCCGAGGAGACCUUCCACGUGAUCGGCCCGCAGAUCAUUUCUGCAGCGCAAACCCUGGCGCUGCACCCGUCCAGCAAGAUCGCCAAAGAGAACCUGGAGGUAUUUUGCGAGGCUUGGGAGUCUCAACUGGGCGACGUAGCUCUGCUGCUGCGCGAGAUCAACGACGUCAUGGAGGGGAAGCGAGGAGACAAACGAGGGUAUUUGUCACUUCCGAGAUCUGGCAAGCACUCUGCGAACCUGAAGAAUGCCAAGCCCAUAAAGUUGGAUGCUGAGGAGCAGAGCAGCGUGGCCAAAGUGGGUUUGGAGCUGCGGCUGCUGUCCUCCGAUAUAGACGCCGAACUGGAAAAGUGGGAGGACCAGGAACACCGGUUGCUGCGCCAUAGCCAAAGUGUCGCCAGCAUGGCCUACAGCAUUUACCUCUUCACCAGAGGUGAAGGGCUGCUCAAGACCACACUGGAUCUUUUCCAUCAAGCUGAGGUUCUGUCUGAUGAGGGACUCCAGCUGUGUGCUUCGCUACAUACCUUCUGCCCACAGCCGGUCGGAGAAGAGGAGUCGGCACUUAUGUCCGAAGUUGAGAAGCUGGCGGUGUUGUGUCAACAACUGCAAGCGGGGGCUAGGACCCCUGUCCAGGGCAAGAGCACCAACUUCCAGAAGGUUGACUCAUCAAUUCAGACUACCAGAGCCGUGCUGACCCUCAUCCUCAACCUCCUUCCUGCGUGUAACAAGCUCAUCACAAAGUUCAAAUCCGAGCGGAACAGCCUCGGCUCGCCGCAGGACUGGCCGCCGGAUGCCUCCACGCCCGUCCGAGACGGCGACGCGGCGCUCCACAACAACAAUAACAACAACGGCGACUUUGCCGUCAAACCCUUCGAGCGGCGCGUGGCCGGACUCAGCCUGCUGGAGAGCAACUAAUCGUCACCCCGGCCCGCGGGGUGGCGACAAAGCUGCCAAAAUGGAGUCGAGAACUUAAGCUGCCCCAGUGGUGUAACCCUUGCUUGUUUUAUGUUGUACAAAUGCAGUAGAUGUUAAAUAUGAGUAGUUGGCACACCCAUGUUGAACUGCUUUCUUUGUUUUGUGAUGACAAAAUGACCAACGUAAGGACUAAAAAUGUUUUUGUUUCUUUUACAAGCACGCCAUUUGUUUUUUCAUUGGGAUUGGUGUGAACGUCUGAAGCCACUGUCCUGUCCUCGUGUGACACGGAAGCCCAACGUGUGCGUUAUGCUGAGCAAGAUUGAUGCUGACAAGCCCACGUCUACCCUACCAACUCUCGCAAUCAGUUCUCCCGGACAGUCCAGAACAAAUGGCGGGACGUCCCGGCCCAACAUAAGAAACACCGGAGAACGCCCGAUAUUGCUAAGGUGGCAAAAUCCACAACCCUCGUUGCCAUGACAACAGUAACUCCCGAAUCCUCCUGUCAAAUCCACAAACAGACUAUAUAUUAUAUAAUAAUCCUAAACAACGCUUUCAAAUGGAGACAGGUCAAUGGGGUUAAUACUAAGGUGAACGCGCGCCGUUAGGCCUUUUGGCUGGGUGGCCGGUAUUUCGCUGGCCCAGGUUACUGGAGCUGCGCCAGUGCGGGUCCGGCGGUUUGGCUGACGUGAUUCUGGCAAUCUAGCUAAAAGGUCAGAUUCCUUCAUUACCUAGUGUUGCUUUAAGUCACCAUGGCGGAUAUUAGAGGUGUGCAAAAUUUCCGAUUCUUAGAUUAUUCGCCGUGGAAGAUUCGAGAACGAUUCACAAACAUCCAAAUUCCGAUUAUUGAAAUAUGCCAAGUAAAGCGGAAGUGAAACACACUCAGCGCGCCGCGCGGUCUUCGGGACGCAAUGAGGAACAGAGCGAGAGUAGCUAACAUCAUGCUUCUCAUUACCCGGCCCCUCGGGUAAUGCCAAUGCUCAACUCACGGCUCUAGCUCAACUCAUGCCACGAGAUAAAAAAAACACAACAACAUACCUGACUUCUGCCGACAGCUGCUACAGAGUACGUCCACAUAAUGUUACGGUAGAUAUCAUUUAUAUAGGACUAGAUAAAAUAUAGAUUCGGUAGCGUUAGCAGCACAUCUACAUGAAGCUAGAUGCAGGCGUUAGUAAACGGCCGCCAUCUUAAAGCAGUACACUUCCCUGCAAGGCUGUUGUAGCGAACCUUCCAAGCGAACCUAAUUAACUUUUUAUCUAAAAUACUCCUAAAUCAGUAAAAUAUUGACUUGAAUCUAUCUUUAAGAUAGUUUUAAAACUUUCACAUGUCGAAAGUAGACAAAAGGGAAAUUAUGGAAUUACGGGAGCAAUUUUAACAACUUUAACGGUUGAUUCACAACAUUAAAUUAAUUGAAUGUAGUUUAAAGCUGCUGAUACAGAAUGGGGACUGGAGUUUUUUAUUUACUGUUAUUUUUGUAUAUUUGUUUACUGUUAUAUGUUAACUUGAUACUGAAAUAGUAGUUUGGUUUAGCAUAAUCAAAUCGGAGCCUCUGAAUCGUAAUCCAAUCGUUAGGUGCCCAAAGAUUCCCAGCUCUAGCGGAUAUUUUUUCAAAAUGAUUUAUCUUGGUCUCAUUUGUCAGAAAUCAUUGCAAUAUGGGUGUGUAGACUACAAGUAUAUAUCGACUAAGUGUUGCACAGCAGCAAUGUGUUUCUUGUCUUCUUUUGAUGUCAAUUUUGCGCUACUGUUACACACUAUGUGCCAUAUAAGGACAGAAAAAAAAAUCAGUUAAUUGCCAAAUAUGAUCAUUACGAUGGAUUUGUUAGCAAUAUGUGCUACGCAUACUGGUUGAGUGUUCAAAUGUGUGGUGACGGUACUUGGGCGUGUACGUGGAACGGAUGUAUUUGUGUUGAGAUGCUUUUUGUUGUCCAGGAGUGAGAGCAGCUAGGGAUGCUGGGUAAUGUAGUAACAGUUCAGAUGAGAAACAAAUCUAGUUUUGGAUACGAUGAAAAAAGACAUGAUGGAUAAAUAAUAAACAAUAUUUUUUAUUAAAUCACU